AUGACGAAGAGUGCCGUCCGGCUGCUUUACAGUGAGCUAGCCCACUUGCUGGAGCCGCUGACCGCGGAGGGCCUGAGCGUUGAGGACCAAGUUCUCUGUACCCUCAGGUUAUUUGCAACAGGCAGCUUCCAGUCGUCAGUCGGCAGUGAGGCGACCAUUGACAUUUCCCAGCCGUCUGUAAGCCGCUGCAUCGCGAAAGUCGCGCGGGCCAUUGUUCAGGUUGGGAAGGAGCAAGGAUGGGUGGCCUUCCCAAGCACCGCCAGCGAGCGAGCUGCAAUUAAGCAAGGGUUCUCGCAGCGCGGCAGACUCGGCGGCGUGGAUGGCACGUUCAUCGCCAUCGUCGCUCCGAAGCUGCCUCCUGCGCAGAAGGCAACGUACUGGUGCCGGAAGGGCUAUUCCGCCCUCAAUGCAAUGGUGGUUUGUGACUCGGACUUGAAGGUCCUUUAUGUUGACCCGCGGUUCGCUGGCUCGUGUCGCGAUGCGCACGUGUGGCGGUACGCGUCGCUUCGCCGGCGCAUUGUCAGCGGCCGCAUUGCCGUCCAAGACGGCGAGUACCUUCUCGGCAACAGUGCCUACCCUCUAGAGCCGUGGCUCUUGAAACCUGCGCCCGGCCACCCUGCCCUCCACACAGCGGAAGGGCGCUACAACGCUGCGCACAUUUCCGCAAGAGGUGUGCGUGGUUAUGUGGCAGCGGCUGCCUCCCCUUGCCGCUCCCAUGUGCAGGCACCUGCCGCCGCCUCCUUCUGCCCGAGAAGGGUGCGUCGCUUUGUGCCAGACGCUCUCACGUGCUGA